AUGGGCUCAAUGGCAAAGUCAAACAUCUUGGUGGUGGGAUUUGGGGGUAUAGGCACAAUAACUGCAUAUAACCUGGAAGCAGGUGGUCUUGCGACAGUGACGGGUGUGCUGCGAUCGAAUUAUGAUAUGGUAAAGGAACGGGGCUUCAAGAUUUGGUCGUGCGAUCAUGGCGAUAUCCCAUCUUGGAGGCCUUCUACGAUAUCCAAAAAUGUACCAAAUGUCGAGGCAGAGUCGCUCACUCCAUUUGACUACGUUGUUGUCUGCACCAAGAAUAUCCCCGAUAUUCCUCCCACCGUGGCCGAUAUCAUCGCCCCCGCAAUCACCGCAGGCCAUACGGCAAUUGUACUCGUCCAAAACGGAAUCAAUAUCGAAAAGCCGAUUAUUGCUGCAUUUCCAUCUAAUGUUGCUAUAUCCGGGAUCUCUCGCAUGAGCUCUGCCGAGCUUGCGCCUGGCCAAAUAUUUCACCAGGACCACGAUAUCCUGAUCAUUGGUGCAUUCCGAAAUCCGAAUCUAGAACUCAAGACGGAACUGAAAGCUGCAAAACACUUUGCUGAUUUGUACAAUGCAGGUGGCAAAGCAACCGGGCAAUACGAUGAAGAUGUGACAUUCAUGAGAUGGCGGAAACUGGUUUAUAAUGCUUCUUUUAAUUCUCUAUGUGCAAUCACUGGGAUGGACACAACAAAGCUUCGUCUUUCGGGGUCCGCGGUUCAUGAGCUUUUGCUUCCGGUCAUGCUGGAGAUUAAGAAUAUUGCGAGGGCUGCUGGUGUCAAGCUGGCUCCAGACCAAGAGGAGGUAUCCUUGGCUGGGGAUGCUAUCGACGCCUAUUUCCGGCCGAGUAUGCAGCAGGAUAUCGAGAAGGGCAAUUAUAUGGAAAUGGAAAUCAUAGUUGGCGAAUCUGUCAGAGAAGCUCAACGUCUCGGUGUCCCCGCGCCAACCCUAACGUUUAUCUACUCUCUACUGAAGGUUUUGCAGUUCAAGACCAAAGCCAAGAAAAAUCUCGUUACACUCCCACCUAUGAAAGAUUAUGGAGCCGGUGAUAUAUUGGCUGCGUUUAAGAAAGGUCAAUCUUGA